AGCACUGCUAUCACACCAUCUUGGUGUUCGUGUUUGCGGCUGCGCUAUUCACCACACGCAGAAGGCACGUCAACUGGCAGAACGACAGUCGAUCACUGCCGUGCACAAACGCGCACACUCGACGCAUCCUCCGCGAUAACCCCUAUUCCGUUUGAUCAAAGGUGACGGCGAAGGUAGUUAGACUUGUUUGUUUGUUUCUUUCUUUCUGUUGUUUGUUCAAGUCCCACGUCAGCGCAUUCAUUCGCCUCAGCCCUGCUCUAUCAAUUCGGCGCUGAUUUGUCGAGCAAAUUAUCGUGGUGCGUUUGAACUUCUCCUUUGGGUUCUUCUUCUCUCUUUGCUUCGUUUGCUUCUUCUUGCACGCGUGUUUGUCCGCGUGAGUGUUUGUGUGUACUACUUAUAAUUAGUGAAGAGAAGAAUGUUUCCCGGGGGCUAUCUCCCCGACUACGGCACACCACGUGGGCGCCGGACCACAGCAGUGCCAGCACCAACAGCCAUCAGCCCUGCUUCACCCCGAUCCGCAAACCCAACCACCGGCAAUGCGAAUUUGCCGAACGCGAGCGACGUGGUCUCCGUGGCCGCCCUUCCGCACUCCCCCGCGGCAGCGACCGACGGUCACAUCUUCGCGCCUGCCGGGAGAGUGGACACAAAGUUCGCGCUGCCGCCGGCUCUCAUAACGUGUCUCGUGCGGCACAUCGACAGCCAGCACAACGUCCUCGCGACACCAGCCAUCGUGGAGAAGUGUCUGCGUGACCUGCAACUGCGGCUCAUGCCGUGGGUGCCGGUGGAGCGUGUGUUCGGUUCGACGAUGCGCGCUACGGUACCCGUUGGGGCCUCCACGACGUCGGCCUCGGCGUGCCAAGCACACAAGCCAGGCGACAUCAGGCCACUUUCGUCUUCCUCCCCCGCGGCCGGUCGCUCAUCGCUGCCAAACGGUGCCGUCGUCCCUGGCGGCGAUCCCGCAGCUCCACCCCUGCCAUCGACCCCACACGCCGGCUCCUACCUGGCCGGCAGCCACGUGCACCUGCAGCUGGCGAAGACGACGGACAACUCCGUUGCGACCGCAGAUGGGGCGUCGGUGCUGCACCUCCUCUUUUACGCCGUGGACGAGCCGGAGUCACGGCCCUCGCACCUCGGCCACGUUGUGCAGGAGUGGCAGGAGGCGCUGAAGGCAAAAGGCGAGGAGCACGACUGUAUGGUGCUGCUGGUGCACGGCGACUUGGUGGCCGCGUCGGAGGCGGCAGCGCGGAUGGCGGAGGAAGCGCAGCACGUCGGUGGUGAUGGUCCGCAGGCCGCGGGCUCGGUGUCCACCGCACGCACCGCGGCCUCAGCAUCUCCGCCGCCCGCACCUCCGUCCUCCACUCGUCCUGCGGUGCUGCAAGACAAAGUCGACGCCGCGGCGGCCCAGCUGCGCAAGUACUACAAGGAACUGCACGACCUGAAACUCUCACCGCAGCAGGUCUCGGCCUACAUGCCAAACGAGACGCCGAUGCGUGUUGUGGAGCGGCUUCGGCCCGCCGUCAUCGCGCGUGGGGGCCGGCUGCGGCAGUCACUGCAGAUCGCUGCAGCACGGAAGCGGCAGUUUCCGCAGGACCCGAGCACGAAGCCAAAACCCUUCUCCGGCUUAUCCUCUCCGCCAACUGCUGGGGCAACGCCUACGUUGUCUCCGGCAAACAACCCGAUCUCCUCCUCCUCCCCACCCGCAUCCUCUCCUCAGCCAACGAGCAGUCCGCAGCGAACGGUAUCACCUGCAGCAGCUGCAGCAGCAACGUCUCCUUCGGCCGCGCGUCAUGCAGCCCCGCCGUCGUCGUCCUCCGAUGCGAACGCGCGGUACUUCAACGUGCAGGCGCUGUGGCGAACGGGCUACGAUUUGGUGGUGCAUUACCUUCAGUACGGAUUUGUCUUCGAUGCUCGCGAGGCCUUGGAGCACCUUUACCUGGAGUACUACAACAACUCCGAUGACUACAUGUUUCUCCGCACACCGGUGGCGACCUUGGAGCGGCUGGGACGCGUGCCGAACCUGUUCGACUCCCACGGACACGGAGGGUGGGAGGUGGGGCGGACGGGCUACCCGAAGGCUCUGGAGCCGGGCUCGGAGUUGCUAGAGGGUCUGCUGCUCUUGGCCUCGGCGGAGAUAACGUGUUCGCUGCUGCUCGGUGAGGCAGCGACAGCACUGCGGCGAUACAACACCUUUGUGCAGGUCACGCGCGAGAAGUUCGAGGAGUGGAACACAUCGGAGGCGCAGACGAAGUCGCAGGCGACGCCGUCAUCUGCAUCAUCAGACAAAGCAGCCAACGCAGCUCCGACAUCACCGCAAAGGCAGCAGCAUCAGCAGGCGAUUGAAGCGACGUCAGGCGUCACCUCCUCCACGUACCAACAGUUUUUCCUCUUGCAGUGUUAUUUGUCAGGUCUGCGGAUGUGGUGGCCGACGUCAGGUCUGUGCCGGCCGCGGAAGGCCAUCUCGUCACGCACCUCUCCAGCCCCUGCACCCACGGCUGCCGCAGCCGACGAACCGCAAAGCAGCGCGGGUAAGGAGAAGCAACUGCACGGAGACAGCGCAGCAACCGUGCCGAGUCAGCGCACCCCGAGGGCGAGCUCCACGUUCUCCCCACUCCGCCUUCCACCGUUGGAAAUGGCCUCCCCACCUGACACCGUCAAACAAGCAGCUCUGCCAGCGCCGGAGGAUGGCGCCGACAUGGACGGUUCGGUGGCGGUGGCGCUGAGCACCUCGCCUUUGCUCCUGCCGAACUCAGAAGAUCCGGCAGCGGCGUUGGGGAUCGCGGCCCCGCUGUCCUCACCCAACUUCACCACGACGUACGUUACCUCCACCGCCUCCCCUCCCCUGCCCGGUGCGCCGGAGGAAGACGGCGGCGGCGGCGGCGUGCGCUAUUCCAUAACGAACCCUUCUUUUGCUGCGCCGGGUGGGACGCCGAUGUCAGCGCAGUCGUCACGCCGAGUAAGCUCCUUCGCCGGGCGCGCGGAGUUCAUCAGCGCGGAUCGGCAAGGGGGCGGAGCAACGACAACAACUCCUCUUCUCGCCCCCGCCUCUGCUUCAUCGAACGGCGUGAGGAGUGGGGAGCGCUGCAACUCAAGCGAAGAGGGGUAUAACGCAGCGCAGCUGCCCCUCGGCGGAGAGGACGAGGAGGACGAUUCGGUUCGUUUCGAGUUGAACUACCUAACGGCUGGCAGUGAGGAUACGGUGCAGGUGUCCGCCGGGUACUUGGUCGAGCUGGCCAUCUCCACCGGGCUCGUGGCACCUUCCAUGGAGCCCGCCGAGCUCAGCGGCACCGCCGAGGCGAUCCGCGAAGCAACGGAGGGCACCAAUGCGGGGCUGGUUCGCGAGUUGCAGCAGCGGCAACGUCAGCUGCGACGCAGCUGUGCGGAGGCGGCCAGUCUUCUGGAGCGCGCACGAGACUCCCUGGCGGCGGUGGCGCACGAUCUCGGGUACAGCCCUUUCCGCCGCUUCAUGAAUGCACUGAGCUUCGAUGAUGAGGGGACGGGGGAAAUGUAUCGUGAUAAGGAGCGGCGCGCGUCACCUGCAGCGCCAGCCGCCACCGUCACCGCUGUGGCGACUAGCACAGCGUUUUCCAACAUUGAAGAGUUGUCGUCGCCCGCGCAGGCGCUGCGGCUGUGGCGCACUCUCACCGCGAUGGCCGCCUUGGCGCUGCACAUCAGCGAUCAGCGCCGCCGCGAGUUCCACCUCUACUCACGACUUGCCGUGACCUUCUUGUCUGAUCACCCCACCGUGACGGCGAACAUCGUGGCGGACCGCCUCCUGCCUUACGUGAAGACACUCGGUUGGCGUCACGUUGAGCUAUUCGUCCGACGUCUUUACGUGGAGGCGCGCGAGCAGCUGAUGCGGCGAGUGGGUCUCUUUGACGCUCUUAUGCGCACCUCCGCCCCCACACAAGGUGACCUCGGCCACAACAAGAACGGCAGCAGCGCGGCCGCGACGUGGGAAGAGGUUCACAAGGUGGAUUCCACGGUAUGGCUGCGCAUCUUCCGCACCGGCUGGGCCUACGCGUUGUAUAGGGAGUGCAUUCUGGUGCUUAUCCGCAGCGGCGUAGAAGACCCACAGGACUCGGCGGCAUCACUCUUGUUAGCCGACGGUGACACCACAGGCACGCAGCAGCAGCAGCAGCAGCAACAGCAGCAAUACAGUAGGCGUCCUCCCGCUUCGCUGAGUGGGUCGGCGUCCUCGCCGUUUGGCAUGACGAGCGAGGAAGGCGCCGUCGGCUCGCUCGGCACGCGUCUCUUCGCGUACCGCCCCAAGGAGCAGUGGUGGCGGGAGCUGAUUCGGGUCGAUGCGCUCGUCAUGAGCACCUUCUACGCGAAUGAGCCACCAGAGUACCCGAUGGACCACCCCAUGUCCCCGCUGAUGGUGCGGCUGGAGAGGCAGCGCUCGCCAGCUGCGGUCACCACCGAUGAUGGCGCGAUGCCCUUCUCCAAUCUCGCUGCCGGGGCGCUCGUGGCGGACGUGGACGAGAUGGUGCGAGUGUCUUUGAUCAUGACGAGCGCGGUGAACCCGUUGGUGGGGCCGGACGGCGGGCUGCACCUGCGGGUCACGUCCCCCAACACACACACGUCGCGGUCAGCCCAAACCGUGCGGCUGCAGCUCACGUUGGAGUCGCGGAAGGACUGGGCGGAUGAGGAGGAGCCGACGCAUGUGGUGCACCUGCACGACUGCGCGGAAGCCGCCUACGACGAGGUCAACCAUCAGCUGCGCGCCGUCUUUCUCUUCCCCGUCUGCCACGCAGGGGUCUACUGUGUGCGUCGCAUCCGGCUGUGCAACGGCAAGACGUGGCUGGUGCGCUACCCGCAGUACGGCAGCAGCACCGGCGGCAGCAAGGGUCGCCGCGGCUGUCAUCGUGGCCUCCCCAUGCUGUUUUCACGGGGAGGUGGUAUUCCAGCCUCGCACGCGUCAGCGUCACCGGCGUCUUUUCAGCCCGUCACGCGUGCCCCGGUGCUGCGUGUGCCCGAGCCACGCAGCAGCGUUCACCUUCGUCUUACGCUGCCGAGCGAGGCGCACUGCUUCGCGGACAGCGUCGACUACGCCACCUUGGAGGUGGACUUGGAGGAUCCGCUGCCGCUCACUCUGUCCUCCGGCGGGGGGCAGCCCUCCUCCGCCGGCGCCUUCAGCAAGAGCACCGACAAGACUGGGAUUGAGACGGCGACUGCAGUGGGGGGUCGAGGAGAGAACGACGACAGCGCCGACGAAGGGGCGGAGUGCUCGUGCUUUUACGAGGCCAGCCCGGGGAACCUUCUGCUACCGCUUUCUGUCACCGCGGCAGGUGCCAGCGGUCGGCACUCGCGCGAGCCCGGGACGUCGAUCGGUGAGGACGUGAUGGAGUUGGGGUCGCAGCAGCGGCUGGCGUCGGUGUCGCCGGGGUAUCGUGCGCUGCUUCUCAACGACGGCGCCGGUGUUGCGGAAAGCGUGGUCGGUCUCGCGGACGGUUUGCGCUCCCGGGGCGGUGCGCCGCUGGUGGCGGCGGUGGUGCUGGGCACGCCCAGUUUGUAUCGCCAGAGAGGAACAUCGAGCAGCGCAGGACCCGCCGUGGAGCCUUCGCGGACCGGCCCCGAUGCCUCUCUGACGCAACUCUUAGCGUCGCGCAGCCCGGACAUGGGAGCGGCCUCGGUGGGUGGCGGGUUGAUGGAGGGCGGUGGCGCUGCGUCGCACCGUGGACACGCAAGUCUGCAUCCCUGCCGCAAUCCGCAUCGUUCACCGUCGCACCGCGCGACACCCGCCGACGGACACCACUCCUCUUCCGCCCGCUCCUCGAGCCACCACCCGCUCUGCGCCUCGCCUCCGCUGGCGGCAGCGGGUCCGCCGCGGACCAGCAACAACAGCGACGGUAACCUUCGCUACAAGUCUGCUUUCAAACCGUUGCGGGUUGGCAACACCACAGAAAACAAUACGACUGCGGCUGCAACGGCAGCAGAGACGGUGGGCGUGAAAGACGGCGCGCUGCCGUCGCCCGGAAGCAACAACAGCGCCAGAAUCCUCCCCCCAGCCGAUCGUCCGCGGUCGAAGUCUGCGCAUCACGCAGCGCACUUCCACCAGCGUACCCCACAUCGCCUACCUCACCACCCUCGAUCCCUCGCCGCCUCAGAGCCGAGCGCACACGACGGCGGUGGCGUGGGUGCGGAGGAUGGAUUUGCGCGCAAAUCGAGGCAUUCGUUUGCGGACGCCGCAGGAUACCUCGUUGGGCUCGGUGGUGCCAUCAACACCGCCGCUGUGAGGCUCUCGUCGUCGCUGCAGGCUGUCGAUGCAGAUAGACUCCAGCUUCUUUUAAAGCACCCUGUCAAGACGCACAAGGCAGGAGAGAAGACAGCAUCGCCGACGCCGUCUGCGAAAGGCUUUUCAUCGUCGUCGUCGACGUCUGCCGCUGCCGCCGCCGCGGUGGCGUACACAUCCGUGCCGAUCCACUUGGGUGUCUACCUCAACUCCAUUCCUCCCCCCGAGCUCCAAACGCACGCCCCGAGCACCCUCUCGCCCCCGGAGGCGACGCGGGCGACAGAGCUGGCGGACACGCUGGGCCCGCUGCUGCAGGCGGUGGCCAACAACAGUGCGACCGCGUCGAUGGACCGGCUGCGCGAGAGCGUCAUUCGCCUGCUCCCCUCCCACAGUGUCCUUCAAGCGACCAGUUCAAGCGUACGCACCAGCCCUGUCACCGUCGCAGGCGCAGGGGACGACAAGGCUGGGGUCGCGCGAAUUCUCGUUUCGCAGAUGCGCCUGCGGGUGCCGCUGUUGCCGCUCCUUGUUACGCCAGCCGCUACUGCGCCGGUGAAGUCGGCGGAAGAGGCGACGAGAGAUCUAAACCCCCCUCACGGCAACAACAGCUCCAGCAACAUACCGGCGCCCCCGUCCUCCCCCUCUUCCUCCUCCAGCGCGGAGGUAGCGAAGCAGGCGCGCAUCACGUUUACCUGCAUGCGUGGUCGCGAGCCGUCCACGACCAGCCUCAGCACAGUGAUACCGUUUCAACUCGCUAUCAGCUGCGACUACGCGUUUAAGCACUUCCAAGGUCGCGUCUAUUGCCUAGUGCGCAUGAAAAACCUGCUGAAGACCACCUCGUUGUGGAUGCGCGGGGCGGUGCUGACGGUGUUGGACCCCGAGCCGUCCUACGAGAUCGUACGGGUGUGCGACGUCUACGAGCAGCUGCUGGCGACGGAGUGGAAGCCACAGGAGGAGCUGAGCAUCCUGUACGAGCUCGACCUCAUCGCGUCCUUUCACCCUGUCCAGCCCGAGUGUGCGCAUCAGGUGCAAAUGAAGGUGUUCUACUCCAGCUGGGUGAAGAGUUUUCUGGCGAUGCCGGCCGAGGACCGCUUGGUGCUGCGGCCGGAGACGUUGCCGUCGACGGAGGCAACCGCGGAGAGCGUCGAGCUGAUCCACGGGGAGGAGGAAGGCAACGGGCACGCCUCUUCCGCGCCGACCACGGCUCUCCCGCUGCGGCGCAGCUCCACGGAAAGGGAUCCGGACGACUUUCUCUGUGCGCUGAAGAGCGAGCCGAACGGCGAGGACAACAACGACCCGCUCUCCGCCAGGACACCCGCCCCGGGUGGCAACGCUGCGGGGUCGAGCCUGGCCACCACCCUGGCGCACACCGCGGCUGGAGCGCAGGGCGGGCACCGCGUGUCCACCACCGUGACGUCUGGUUUCAGCGACCACAGUGAAGGGAGUGUCACGCACUCCGCCACGCAAGUCGCCCACUCCAGCCCCACCAACUUUUCGCCGAAGAGCGAGGACGGCGCGGACACGAGCAGUCGCAGUCGCAGCAGCGGUACCACCUCUGGCGCGGUUCACUUUAACGUGCUGAUCCUGCGCCAACUCGAGGAAACGUGUAACAGCGUUGUGGGCCCCGUCGCCACAUUCCAUUCGAAGCACCUGUGCGUCUUCAACAUCGUCAUGUACGCCGAGUCGCCGUGGACGAUGCGGUUUGGUGCGGCGACGAAUUACGUGGCGCGAGCGCCGACCCCUCCGCUCUCUCGGACAGCGAGCACCAUCAGCAAGGAGAGUUGGGGCGGCUCGCCGCUUCGCUCGUCAGCUCAGCCCGCCCGUAUGGCGCACCCGCAUCACCACCGCCCUCCCUCGAUCUUCUCCAGUGCACCAACGGGGGCGGCGGCGGGGGGAUUCAGCGGAAACUACACAGGCACGAACAACCCGACGACGGCAGACACCGACUCCUUCUUUGGCAACGCGAUAGUCGACCAGCCCGCUGACUUCGUCUUUGUCGCGGGGGAGCCGGUGCGCUUCUGUGUGCGGUUGCAGCCCCUAGCCCAGAACUGGCCGGAGGACGCGAAUAUGGAGGAGACGUUCUUCAUUCGCCUCACCUACAAUCCGGAGGAGUGGAUGGUGAUCGGUAAGCAGCGCGACCGGCGGACGCUCUCCCUGAUGGAGGAGGUCACGGUGUACUUCAACGCCGUCCCGCUGCUGCCGCGGAACGCAGCGGACGUGAACGCCGACACGCAGCGAUUCCCGCGCAGCAACGCCGUGGACGAAGACGAGCAAGACGAGGAAGGGGGGGAGGGCAACGCGUCGCUGUUGUUUGUAGAGGAAGGUGAGAAAGGCGGCGGCGCCACCGGCGCAGCGCCGUCAUCGCGGCAUCUCGCCGGACACGCAGUGCGGGACGAAGGCAUUUUGCAGACGCCGACGGUGGAAAUGUUUUGGGAGCGUAAGAAGUCCGCGGCCGGCACGACAGCGACCGACGACGCAUCGACAGCAGCACACCACCGCUUUGAUUCUCAAACUCCGGCGGCGGCGGCACCCUCCGCGUACGAGGACGCAGUAAUGGGCGAGGCGGUGCUGAUCGAUGUCGUGCAGUUCCGUACCUGGGUGCGUGUACGCAAACACAGCCAUUAG